CCUGGCUUUUUGACACCACCACUCUCUCUUCAAACCAUCGUCCAAAUCCGCGAGUUAUCUUGAUAACCCGCUGUCACUCUUUUCCGGACGGGUCUUGCAAAUAAACAGAACUUUUAGCAUUCUUAACCACCAACGAGUUUUAACGAAUCUCCCCACGAUCUCCGAUAGUUCAAGAUGCACUUCACCUCUGCCGUCGUCCUCGCGGCCGCCCUCACCGGCGUGUCUGCCCACCCUUCUCUCCACAACCACCAGAAGUUCCACGAGCGCCGCACCGCUGACGCCAACGAGGAGCGCGACCUGACCUUCAUCAAGAACAUCCUCCCCUCCACGACUCCCUCUUCUACCUCCUCCGCCGUCCCCGCCGCUACCUCUGCUGCUUCCUCCGGCGGUGUUUUCACCCCCUUCUGCAGCGGCUCCAAGAGCAAGCGCGCCACCAUCGCCGAGAUCGCCUACUCUGGCAACACCGGUAGCGAGGACGACUGGGGCUGCAACAUGCAGACCAUCAACGACGCCAGCGUCUCCCUCUACAACUACACCACCACCUUCACCGCGAGCGAUGCCGACUACACUUGCUCGUGCUUCAACAAGAUCGGCCCCAAGGGCCUGAUCGACGGCUGCUGGUUCGCCGCUAUCACCUUCACCGUCAAGGAGGGUCAGUCCAAGAACGUCGCCUUCGACGCCGACUCCCAGGGCUCCUGCGCCUGCGGCCCCGGUACCGAGGUCCCCAAGACCUUCAUCGGUCAGUUCGCCGGUACCUGGCUCGAGUUCGACUGGGGUUCCACCCCCAACGGCGGUAACUCCGGUGCUGACGCCUCCGUCCUCGUCGCCGGCUCCCAGAGCCUGCCUUACUACGGCAUGAAGGUCGCCGCCAACGGCAAGACCUGCUCCUGGGUCAAGUCUGACGGCACUAACGAGGCUGCCUACAUGCCCGGCAUGGAGGCCGCUGAUGGCGUCGGCUGCAAGGGCUACUACAAGGGCCACCUGGAUGUCACCCUCGGCGACAAGUUCUCGGCGUAAGAAAGGUUUAUCCUUUUUUCGCCUGGUUCAGUCUUCUUCCCUGCCUGGGGUGAGUUUUUCGUCGGGGAAAGGGGGUCAUCUCACACAAACCCACGCAAAAAACCUCGCCACGAUGACGAAGCCCAGUAAUGGAUGUUUUCCUUAAUCUUCAGAGCUUCUUGACGGCGCAUGGGAUACCUCUUUUCUUUCGGGGCACAUAUUUUUGGGAUGGUGCGGCCUAUUUGCCAUUGCCCCUCGUGCCCACCACCAGUUUUUUCUGCUUUGGACAUUUGUGCAGAUUUCUCGGGAUAUGGGCAAAAGCGUUAACGAACAAGACGGUUGGUUUAAAGGGACGCCUUGUUCAACGGAACGGUUACAUAAAUCUAGUCCCCCUACCUACCCACACAUAUACCUAGUGUCUGCUGCUUAAUGCGACAUAAAAACUCAUCCUUUCAACCUA